AUGACAAAAGCAGCAGAUGCAAUUCUAGCAGUGAUUACCGUCACCACAUUAUAUUUGGCUCUUUAUUGCAAAGCCAUUCCAACUCCUACAAUUUUUCACGAUGAAAUUCUCCCCGUGCUACCAUGGUGGGCAUUGAUCACUUAUGGAUGUUACGCAUUGUUCAGCUUGGGGUAUGGUGUGUAUACCCUUCACGACAAAAAGGACAAGUACGAAGAGCUCAAAGAUCAGAUUGUUGAGGCUAAGGCAUUCCUCAAGAAGAAUGGCAUUGAUGUUGGUGAAGACUAA